AUGGAUUUCAUAGACUUUGAUUCGUUUCAGCAGGAUGAAAUACCUCAGCCACAACCUGCGUUGUCGUUGCCAAUAACAUCAAAUAUUGAAAAUUUAGGUAAACGAUUUUCCAAUUUUAAUAGUCUAACUAAAAACUUAUUAAAGUUUGAUGAAAAGGAUGACAUUAAAGUUGAUGGAGAUGAAUCUGAAGAAACAAAAUUGGCAGAAAAGUAUGCUAAUUUAUCUUUAAAUUUGAUUAAUAGUUUGGAAGAUGAUAACGAGGAGGAAAAUGAAAGUGAUUUGAAUAGGUCGAAAACGACAACCACAUUAUCAACGAGAUUAUCUAGAGUUCUUAAUAAUUCUAUGCCAGAUUCAUUAGUCAGAGAGAUAUUUGCAAAUUUGGAUUUGAAGAUUGAAAAUAUAGCAGCUCUUGUCGAGCCUGGGAUUACAGGCUCCAACUCACGUAAAAAAUUAAGAGGGGAAAUUGAGAACGAUCUUAUUAAGACACAGGGCUUGAUGUUGAAGGAGUAUCAACCGGUCAUUAAGAACUUGAGUAAUUUGGAAAACGAUUUGAAAAAUUUAAAUGGAUUGAGAGACUCGAUCACAGAGAAGGUGAAUAAAGAUUUUCAGUCUACUAAGGAUUUGAAUGGCGAGGUCAAGAAUUUGAAUGACACUAAGAGUUUGAUAAAUUUAAAGAAAGGGUUAUUAAUUAGCUUUCAAAAUAAGUUUGCAUUGGAUGUAUACGAGGAGUAUGUACUACAGAAUGGGGAGAUUAACGAUGAAUUCUUCCAGGUGUUAAUUAAAUGUGAAAAAAUUCAUGAGAAUUGUUCUAUCCUUUUAUCAGUGGACAAUCCCCAAUUAGGUUUGAAAAUAAUGUCUAAGUUUAACCAACUAAUUAAUAAAUCAGUCGAGCGAAUUAUCAACUUUACAAAUAAGACAUUAAAUAAUCUUUAUUCGUUAAACACUACUACGAAAUUGACAACAUUACACCAAUGCUUGAAGUUUUUAAGAAAAAGGUUGAACUAUUUUAAUACUGUUAUUGACAAUUUUGUCGAUACAAGAUCAAGAUUGAUAAUCGAUGAAUUUUUGAAUCAGAUCAAUGGAGAUUUAGAUAAGUCUGGUGACAAUAGAUCAGGAUCUAUCCAACACGAUAGGCCUAUUAUUCUCUCCGCCCAUGAUCCUGUCAGAUUUAUUGGUGACUUGUUGGCUUAUAUUCAUUCCGUUGUAGUUAAUGAAACUGAGACUAUUAGUAGUAUAUUUGGGAUUAGCAAAGAAGAAAAUGAGGACGACGACAUUGAAUAUAAGGAUAUAAUCGAUGAUGUUACCGGUAGAAUAUUGAACUCAUUAUCCAGAUCGGUCAAAUCUAAAAUUGAACAAGUUAUAACUUCUGAAACUAAAUUAGCAACAAUAUAUGCUAUUUACAGCUUAGUGGAGUUGUACACUAUAAUGUUUGCAAAGCAUCUCAAAGAAUCUUCAAAUGACAAACAUAAUUUGUUGAUGACUGUUAGAGAAUUAGUAAGUUCAUCACAGAAUAAAAUUAUCUCUAUUAUUCAAAACAAAUUGACUACCAUAAAGUCAAGUAACCUGGCUCAGUUGGAGUUAAAUACAGAUUUACAACCCCCCGAAUGGAUUAUUGAAUUUUAUUCUGAUAUUCUACCUAUCAUUGAUCAGAAUACAUCAGAUACAUUUAUGAAUUUGUCAACUGAGAAUAAUGCUGAAUUUAUGAAGAUGAUCAUAAAUAAACCGAUUGAAAUUUUCAAUGAACACAUUGAAAACAAUAUUUCAAAGCUCUUCAAUAGAAGAGAUCAGGUUAUUUUGAAAUUAAAUUUCUUAGAUUUAAUUCUUUCUAAAAUUAUGCCUAUAAUACUAUUAUCAGACAAAAUAUUAGAGUUAAAUGAUUUAACCGAGAAAUUAUCACUAGAAUUAACGAAUUUGCAAUUGGAUAGCUUGAUAAGUGGGUGCCAGUUAACUAAUUUUUACAAUAUCAUUAAUAUGAUAUGUCCAUUUUCAGACGAUUUUUUUGAUGUUUCAAUUUACCAACCAAUCACUGAAAAUAAAUUAUUCUCUGAAGAUAACAUCAUAGCAGCCAACGAUAUCAUACAAAAUUUCUUACCCUCUGCAUUACUUGAUAUACAACAAUCCCUAUUUAAAGUUAAUUCGCCCAUGAUUGUUAACAACAUUAUAACGAAUUCUUCGCUUGAGUUCAUUAAAUUCUAUUUAAAAUUCAAUUUGAUCAUAAACGAAUAUCUAGACGAUGCUCUGUUGAUCUGGUCUGACAUUGAAGUUGCUACACUAUUGGGCGUGGAAGAGCCCUAUCAACAAACCAAAAAAUCGAUGAGUUUUGAUUAG